CAUUGUGUACAGUUGUAUGACAGCUGCACUUAAGUUCAAGCUCAUCAUCUGACAUACAACGGGUUGCCUUGGCGACAGGCCAUGGUUGAGGUCAACGGGAGAUGGAGACCAAAGUGUCUUUCUCUCUCUCUCUCAUUUCACUCUUCACUACAGCACACUGUGAUUAAUAAAAGUGAAACAUUUGGCAUUUUUUAACUGUCAACCUUCUGUUGUGACACAUCGUGUAAAGCGUGCAAAAAAGCGUUUUCUUCAGUGGUAUGUUUGGACAUAGGCUUUUAGUGGGAAAUUCAGAUAAAAAAAAGAUAACAUUUGAACCAGAAGUAAGUUGAGAGUACACGGCAUGCCGGACGACUGUGACAUGACGACUCUGACCGUCAUCGAGGGUCAUCAACAUGAGACAGAACAGUGCAGUGCCACCACGACGAAGGUCCAAAUAGUUCGUGUCCUAAUGAUCUUACUCGUGAUAUUGAACCAAAUAUGCGAUGGGUAUAAGUUUCGUCGGCAGGUGGUUGACAUACUGAAACCGGAGCACGAUGAUUACUAUCUGCUGCGCUGGCUGCGAGCACGCAACUGGAAUCCGGAAGCGGCAGAAAAGAUGCUGCGCGACUCGAUGAAGUUCCGGGAACGCUGGAAUACAGAUGAGAUCGCCAAGUGGCCCACGCCCCAGAUCCUGCUCGACUACAGUCCGCACGGUGUGUCGGGCUACGAUAAGGAAGGUUCACCGAUCAUCAUCAUUCCCUUUGCUGGAUUUGACAUCUGGGGAUUGCUGCACAGUGUGUCCCGGGCCGAUAUCAUCCGUAUGACGAUGCAGGCACUCGAGGGCUACAUGCAGCUAGCGUACGAGCAGAGCCAGAAGACAAAUAACCCAAACAGCCGACAGUUUGUGGUGGUGUUCGAUAUGGAUAACUUUAACCUGAAGCAGUACAUCUGGCGCCCGGCGAGUGAGGUCGUCAUCUCGCUGAUCAAGAUGUACGAGGCAAACUAUCCGGAAAUACUGAAGUGUUGCUAUAUCAUCAACACGCCGAAGGUGUUUGCGUUCGCGUACAACAUGGUGAAGAAGUUCCUGGGCGAGUACACGAUCGAUAAGAUCCGGAUCUACAAGCCGGACCGGAACAAGUGGUUGCCAUCGAUUCUGGAGCGUUGUGAUGCGGAUCAAAUCCCGGCAUACUUCGGUGGCACUCAAACCGAUCCGGACGGUAAUCCGAAGUGUGAGAAAAAGAUUUGCUGGGGUGGCAAGGUACCGAAGGAGCUGUACACCUCGAAGGAGGACAGCUUCAACAACAAUCUGACGUUCACGGAGACGGAAAUUCGGAAGGGUAGUAAGCUGAAGAUGACGUUCGAUUGUGAGGAUGCUGGCUGUUUCUUGAAGUGGGAAUUCCGUACGUUCGAUCACGACAUCAAGUUUGGCGUCAAGUGCGUAAACAAAAAGACGGAAGAAUCGGUCAUCGAGGUGCCACUGAAACGGGUGUCCUCCCAUCAGAUCGACGAGUCGGGAUUUAUCACCUGCCAACCGGGCUGUACAUAUCACGUACUGUUCGACAAUUCAUACUCGUACUUCAAGACGAAGAAGAUUCGCUACUCUGUCCUGAUGACGGCCCCGCUAAGUGAUGUGGAACAAACGAUGGCACCGAUUGCCAUAACGGAAGAAAUGGCGCCCGAGCAUGGAACAGCUGAGGAUUAAGCAUUAAGCAUUAGAGCGUCUCGCUUCGACCUUUAUAUCUUUUAAAAGAAAACACUUCACAAAUGGGGAAAUAAAAUGCAGGACUUACAGGGAUACCGGAUAGCGGACAUUAGCGGAAACAAGAAACAAAACAAAACGCACCCAAAUUUAAACCACCGUCAAAAUGCGAUAUCACGAGCCAAAGAUACUGUUGGAAGAGCUGGAAAUUUUCUUUACACACAAACUGUUCACCACAUAAAUUUAUAGCUUUCACGUGUUUAACACUACCUUCCUUUUUCUUUAUCAGCGCGUUAGAUAAUGUACAGUACACCAUCAGCACCAUACACCUGAGGAAUGAGUUUGCUUCUUUUAGCGACAGAAAAAAACUCCCCAUAGUGAUUACGCGCAUUCUUCCAAUGCAGGUGAUAAUCGGUUAGAUAGUAAGGGCACAAUUGCAUAUCCCUAACGGCUUUCGUCCUUAUCGGUGACAUUGUAAAAAUAUUAACAUUAAUACCGGUGAUAAACAAACAAAAAAACGCAAGACAGGGACAAUUCAAGUCGCUAAAAUAGACGAUAUUCUCUCGUGGAGAGUAGUGUGUAUGUGAGAACCCGCGGGUAAUAUAUAUUAUCUUUGUAAUAAAACGAGACAGGGGAAAAAGAUCAAUAGGAUACAAAAAUCGGGCGGUUUAACGAUGGGAUAGUGUCGUGCCGAUUGGACGAAACAAUUUUCGCAUGCAAAAUAAGAUGUAAAAUAGGACUGCGCGUACUUUCGCGAGUGUUCUAAGCUACCAUUAUGUUUAAUAAACCGUACGGAUUGGUAACAACGAAA